CCGUGAAAAGCGACGGGAAAACUCGCUGGGAAAAUCGCGCGCGCUGGGAGUUGCGCAGAUUUUCCAACCCGAACCGAACCGUCAUUCGACGUUUGACAGUCUAGCGAGCUGGUCGAGCCGAUCUGCAAGUGUGCCGAAUUUGUCAUUUUUGUGUCUCGUGUUUUAGUGUUUUCUCAGUGUGGUGAUCCUUGCAUCGCGUAAGCCCCCCUCCAAAAAAGGGAUAAAAAGAAAAAGUGUGUGCGUGACUCUUGAAACACGCGGGCGAAAUCCAGUUUUUCCCUAACAAAAAAAAAGGUGUCCGUGUGUAAGUGAGCAAAGAGUCACUUCUGCGAAUCAUCCGAACUCCGUUUUUUUUUGCUGCUGUUGCGCUGCGCAAGUCUACACUUCAUUUCAAGAACCCUCGUCAACACUAGGUGCAUUUAAUCAAAUACAGAUAUGGCAAAUUUGAUCACAGUUCAACUGCGACGAGGCGAAGGCCAGCCGUGGGGAUUCCGUCUCCAGGGUGGCAAGGACUUCUCCGCGCCGCUGGUGCUGCAACGGGUAAACGGUGGCAGCGUUGCCGAUCAGGCUGGUCUGAUGCCCGGCGAUGCCCUGGUCAAGGUGAACAGCACCGACGUAUUCAGCCUGCGACACAAGGAAGCCCAGGAUGUGAUCGUCGCCGCCGGAAACUCGUUCGAGCUGACAGUAUCCAGAGGCACCGCCUGGCGGCCGUCGGUCACCCCGACCGGAUCGAUCCCGUCCCCCUCGCCGUCGCUGCCCGGAAACAUCACCCCGGUCACGAAGACCUCCCUGGCAGCCACUCCCCAGCCCGCGCAGCACAUUGGCAGUGGCCACAACCAGGCCGCCAAGCCAUUCCCAGCCCAACAACAACAGCAACAGCCUCAGGAACAGGUCAACGGUAGCGAUCCGAUCAAGAGCAUCGUCAACAUGCAGUACAACACGCCGGUCGCCAUGUACAGCGACGAAACCAUCGCGGAAACCCUGUCCUCCCAGGCUGAGGUCCUGGCCGGAGGAGUUCUUGGUGUCAACUUCAAGAAGAACGAGAAGAAGUACUCGCCGGCCAACUCCGAGGUGUACAAGAUGCUGCACGAGCAGGGUGACAACCCCGAACCAGCCAACCAUCAUCACCAACCACAGCAACAGGUUCAGCAACAGCAGCAGCAGCAUCAGCAUCACUACCAACAACAGCAACAACAGACCAACUCGGUCGUCACCAAACACGUGACCGCUCCGGUUGACAAACCCCCGUCGAACACCAACGGUCUUCCGGCCGGUCAAAACAUUUGCAGCUCCUGCGAUCGGCUCAUUGUUGGUGUGUUUGUGCGCAUCAAGGACAAGAACCUGCACGCUGAUUGCUUCAAGUGCGCCACCUGUGGCACGUCGCUCAAGAAUCAGGGCUACUUCAAUCUGAACGGCAAGCUGUACUGCGACAUCCACGCCCGUCUGGCGGCCCUCCAGAGCCCGCCGCCCGGCACCAACGGGAUGGUCCCCGUUACGAUCCCGAAACCUGGACAGAAAUCCGGAGUCCAGGCCAUCUCCGCCGCCCUCAAUGCCCACGCCAAUCUGAACGGCCGCUCCCAGUCGCCCUACGCCGCCAAUCUGCACCUACCACCACCGCCGCCUCCGACGACGACCACAAUCAGCAGCGGCAGCAGCAGCACUCACCAGUCUCCGUCACACUCCCGAUCGAGCAGUACCACCUCGUCGAGCGGCUACUGCAACUCGAGCUCGCUAUCGCCGGUCCAGUCGAACAAAGUGUCCCCGCUGCACUCGCGCACCAGCUCCGAAAACGAACUGCACCAAUAUCCGGCUGCCAAAGCGUUGCCAAGUUGUGCCACCACCGUCUACGGAAGUGACUUUAGCUUUCCCCCGCCGCCGCCACCACCGCUGCUGCAGCUGGCCACCGUACCCGCGGCCGGAAUGGAGAAUCCGGAAGUCGUCCCCCAGCAACCACCCCCGGUCGAGCCCGUUGAUCCGGCGGCGUUCGGUCCGAACGGACUGGCCGUUGCGGAACCAACGGCCGACUCAACGGACUCUGCCGGGGCCGCCGCUGCUGGCUCCAACGGGGACAUUACGACAAACGACUACGGCUUUCUGUACAAAACCAUCGGUGGGGCCGUGAUCCGGAGUGUGUUUCCGCCGGGAGGUGCAGGUUCCCGCUACAAGAACCAGAACAACAUCACUCCGAAACCGUUCGGAGCCGCUCCGAGCCCGCUGGUUCAGCCACCGUCGUCCUUCCCGCCAGUGGCCGGAAGCGUUCCAACGCCGUUCUCGGCGGCCAUCACUGGCCAGGCUCCGGCCCCAGCUGCCGCGGCUCCCCAGCCAGCAAGCUAUCCUCCGGCCCCUCAGGCCGCCGCCGCUCCGGCCGUUCAGGCUCCGGCUCCGGCCCCAGCCCCAGCUGCCGUGGCCCCUACCGCCGCGCCUGCUGCCGCUGUGCCAACUCCACAAGGCGCGUACGCCCACUAUCUGGAUCCGGAGUUGUACGGUGACGAAGAAGACGACGGUGACGCACAACAGGUACCGGCCGAAUCUCCCAUUCCUCCCUUUGCUUGGCCCCCGAAGCGCGUCGAGGACGAGAAAGUUCCCAUCGCGACCCCACUCUAUGUCCCACCCCCGGAAACGCAACGCGUGGUCGUGAAGCCGCUCGUGUACGUGCCUCCGCCGCCCAAGGAGAAGAGCAAAUCACCGCCCAAGAAGGAGCAGCAGCAACCGGAAGAGGAGCAGGAGCAGCAGGAGAUAGAAGAGCCGAUCUGUGUAGCCAAGAGCGUACAGAGCAAAUCGGCGCCCGAACUGAGCAGGAGAAGAAGUAGUGCUCACGAGCAGCAAUCCCAGCAGGAAGAGGAGAGCUACGACACGUACACCAUGACCACCUCGACUUCGGCAUCCUCCGAAGAGUAUCGAAUGUACUCGACCCAGACGUCGCAACCGAUCGUCACGUACUACGACACGCCGGUCAUCGAGAUGGACUACCCGUUCGGAUCGGGUCAGCGAAGUACCCAGGCAAGUACCGGCGCCAUGUCGGACGCAUCGUACACACAUUUCGUGUUCCGAGAUCCACCGAUGGAACCCGAAUCGGUUGAACCGUCGGUCGAGCCUUCCGUGGAACCGGAGCCGAUCGUCGUCGAGCCGCCCAAGGAGCCGACCAAGGCGCAGAAACGGGUCGAGUUUGUCGAGUACCGGAAGGAGCUGGAGCGGUUCCUCAAGGCGGAGCAAGAGGCUAGCGAGGCCGCCGAAAGGCUACGCAACGAAAUCCAGGAGGUUGCCGAAGAGUACACGAUACCACACUACCAGCUGCCGGCGAUUGAUUCCGCCAAGCCGGCCAAAGAGUUGCCCCGGCAAAUUGUUCCCAAUCCCGUACCGAAGCAGUGGCAGAGCAAGCUCGUUCAAAUGCUGUGCAUUGCCCCGAACGAUCCGGUUCGUCUUACCCAGGAGCAAAUUGAAGAGGCAAAUUUCAUGAAAUCACGCAACGAAGCGUACAUUCGCGAAAAGGAGGAAUCCAAGAUCCGUCAAUUGGAAGCGCUCAGGCGACAGGUCGACGCCCUCGAGCGUCGCAUGGGUAAAAAAGAGGAACCGGAACCCGAACCAUACCCCAGCAUUCCGCACCCUCCGUUGGAAAUUCCACGAAAAGGUGCCGUAAUGGCGAAGGUGCUUGCCUCUUCCACUACUAAGGCGGAGCGAUUCCCCACGUAUCUUCCCGCUCCGGUAGUUCCACUCCCCGAAGAAUCCGCUCCGUACGUCCCAACCUUCAAGCCCUCGAUGGAACCGAUUCGGAACGACAAGAUCUCAUCCUUUCGCGUUUCGCCCUUCCUGGAAGCGUUAACCACAGCCCCUUAUACUCCGUUUCAGACCUUCGGCACGGAGAUCCCUUCGCAGAUGGAGAACAUGCCCGUAUCGAGCGGGCGCAUCUCGAUGACCGAUGCACUGGCAACCGUCUCGGAGCGGCCCUAUACACCGUUCAAGGAAGUCAAGUUUGAGCGUUCCGAAAUGUAUCAGAAGCUGCUCCAGGAGCAGCCCUCGAUCCAGACGGAUCCGGACAAAAACUUCUCGGCGUUUGCCAGUGUAGGCGGUAAUCGUACGCCGGUACCGUUCAAGCCGAUCAUUCCGGAAAUCCGCGUUCCGGAGCCGGAACCCGAACCCGAACCGGAACAGGUUGAGGAACCACCACAACCUGAACCCGAACCGGAGCCGGAGAAGCCAAAGAAAAAGCUUCCUCCCUAUCCGAGAAAGGACGCCGGAGCAGGUCACUAUUCGCUCGCUCCAAAGCGUGAAAACGCCAAGUCACCGCUUAACCAACCGGCGGAGAUUCCAACCUACCAGCGCAAGUGGUUCGAGCUGCCAUCGCAAAAUCCACCACGCACACCGGAACCCGAAGAACUGCGCCAAAACGUCCCGUUGGCAUUUGUAGAUACUCAUUCUCAAUCCCAUCUCGCUAAGCCUAUCGCACGAUGCAACGCUGUAGAUAUUAGAGACCAAGUACAGUUGAAGAAAACCAAUCCGUUCACAACCAUUCACAACCGUACUAUCCCAGUGGCGCAGCUGCCGACCGCGGUUCCAGAAGAUGACGCCGAGUUGGCACACUUUAACAAUGCGCACGGCCGCCUGCAGGCCAAGGGCGUCGUAUUUGACCGCGGUCAGUCGUUUACACCGUCGUUGAUUCUGAGCAAGCACUCGACCACGAUUCCGUACUACCAGCACCAGCUGGGCUUCGAGGAGUACUUUGCCGAAUCUAAGUCCUUCGACGGGCGUAACACCCCGUUGAAGCAAUGUCGCAAAUCUCCCGCUUUCGGCCCUCCGCCGAAUCCACUGAAACCGGCAGUUCCGCCCUCGCGGGAAAACAUCCCGAUCGAGUCGGGACUUUAUCUGUCCAUGGGUAAGCUACAGGGAACACCGUGGUACGCUCACAGCGACCAUGUUCCGGGGGACAUCAAGCAGAAGAUGCAGCAACAGCAGCAUGGUAUGGGUCCUGGCUACACCGGGUACGCCCAGCAGCAACGAAGCGUCCACUACCAGGAGCAACCGGUGGCCGUUCGCACCGAAACGCAAGGCAACACGACCGUUCAAACUCGCUCCCAGGAGAGUGCACUGAGGGAGCAGGCUUCAUCCGAAAGAACCAUCAACAGCGCCAGCCAGGUAGGAAAUGCUUUGAUCCAGAAGCGCACCCGGAUCGUUGAGGAGCACGAACACACUCAGGAAGCCAGGACGGUGGAGAUUGCAAAGUUCUCGUCCAAAAUCAAGGAAGACGAAGUCCCCCAGAAAGGUUUCGUCGCUCAGCAGACCCGAAGGUUCUCGGGCCAGGACGAUGCACUGAACAUCCCUCCGCAGAUGUCGGAAGCAGCUCUGAUUGAAGCGACCCAGCCAUCCGAACCGCAAUCUACGGCCCAAUUCUUCCCCCAGCACUCGUCUCAACCGUCAGCUCCCAUGUUCCCAACUGCGAACGUCAAGCCGGAAACGCAACCAGCCGCCCAACUCUUUCCCCAGCAAACCUCUCAACCGUCUGUCCCCUUGUUCCCACCCUCAACCAGAAAGCCCGAAGUCAUUGGCGAUAAAUUCCCAACGGUGAGCGCUCGCAAAGCGAGCAUCCUCAACAUCCAACCGCCCCGAUCCCCUACCCCAACUUCCGGCUUCAAGGCUCAAUUCAAUGAGUUCAUGACGGGUGCCGGUUCGCACCCUCCGCUAGAAACACAGAGGGAGGAACCGGAACCAGUUCAGUCGUGGCCACCCGAGCUUCCAUCCAUCUCGUCUAACUCUAACCACCAACAACCUUCCGUGGCAUCGGUUGCCCCGAUGAAGCAGGCAGUCCCAGCUGCCGCUCCCCCUCCUGCUGCUGCACAGCAACAGCAGCAGCAGCAGGUCGCUUUCUCCAAUGGACGUAGGUCUUCCAUUAACAACAACACGAACGCCAACGCCAUCAACAACAGCACGAUUGGCUUCAGUAACAUCACCCUCGACAGCGGUACCGACAGUCAUUUCAAGUAUUCUGACCGACCACCUGUUCCGAGCGCAGGUUCCGCAGCGUUCAACAAGGGCCGCGCGGCAUGCCAGACGACCGCGCCGACCCGCGGCCGUGGCGUCAUGAACAAGGCCGUUGCCCCGGGCGGUCGUGUCCCACUGUGUGGCUGCUGCAGUCAGCAAAUCAGAGGACCAUUCAUCACCGCUCUGGGUCGCAUCUGGUGCCCGGAUCACUUCAUCUGCCACAACGGCAACUGCAAGCGCCCGCUGGCCGACAUCGGCUUCGUCGAGGAGAAGGGUGACCUGUACUGCGAGUACUGCUUCGAGGAGUUCCUGGCCCCGGUCUGCAGCAAGUGCAACGCCCGCGUGAAGGGCGACUGCCUCAACGCCAUCGGCAAGCAGUUCCACCCGGAGUGCUUCAAGUGCACCUACUGCGGCAAGCAGUUCGGCAACAGCCCGUUCUUCCUGGAGGAGGGUGACCCGUACUGCGAGACCGACUGGAACGAGCUGUUCACGACCAAGUGCUUCGCCUGCGGAUUCCCCGUCGAGGCCGGCGACAAGUGGGUGGAGGCGCUGAACAACAACUACCACAGUCAGUGCUUCAACUGCACCAGCUGCAAAAAGAACCUCGAAGGACAGAGCUUCUUCGCGAAGGGUGGCCGUCCGUUCUGCAAGAACCACGCCCGCUAAGCCCAAGUCGGAAGUCAGAAGAAUGAACAUGAAAGGGUCAUCCACGUUGUUUUUAAGUUUUACUUUAUUCUCUCUCUGUUCUGUUGCACAUAACUUCUUGAUUUUCCUUUUAACGAUUUACUAGCGUAAUAACUGGACACUCGUAAUUGUGUGUAUGUGUGGAAUAGUGCGCCCCCGCAGCGUGAACAUUUUGCAAUUUUUAUUAUCAUUUUUUUUUUUAAAUUACAUAUACUUGAAACCAAAAAUUUACACGAAGAAAGAAAAAACCAGCAUCUAGAGCUUUUUUGAAUGACAUUUAAAAAAAUACGCAAAAAAGUCAUUAAAUUCAACUAACAGUGCUUCUAAUUACACAAUGAAUAACAUAAUUUACUAAUGCAAACCAUGCUAAAGCAUAAAAGAAAGAGAGACAAUGGGAGAGAGAGAGCAAAAGCGCUCGCCACACAAGCACACACCGCAUAAAGAAAUUGAGAAGCUUUUGGAGUCUUGCGCAUCUUGGCCGCACAGAGAAAAACUGGCGCUGCUAGCAGCAAAGAGGAAACUUUCGCGGUGCAAAGCACGCGGUGGAAAUGUUUCCGAGAAAGCUCUAGGUGAAAUAUUUCCACCGCGUGGUCCGCGCCGCGUGCUCGCGCUUGCUAGUGAAAUAUUUAUUACAGGUUAGUUGUAGACGUAGAGGAAAAAGAUGAAUUAGAUGGAGCUUCAGGGCGCUGGGAAAAUGCUUCAAGCUAGGAAUUUUCUUUCCCCGACGAAGAAAACAUGACUCCUAGGCUUGAGGGAUUGAAGUGAGCAGCGCGGAAAAAAGGAAAGAAAAUUUAUAUUUUAUGUUAUAUUUAUGUGUACAGAAAGAAGAGUAAAAAUGCUUUAAAUAUAUUUUGUUACUCACGUUAAUGCAACUUUAACAUGAAACAAGAAUGAAAAAAAUAAACAUAUUUAGCACGGAAAGUUUGUUACUUUAGAAACAAUAUUGAAAGAAGAUUAAUACAGGCGAGAUCAAAUUCUAUUUACUUAAGGCUAAAACUGUUAAACCAUGUAUAAAGAGAAAGCAAAACUGCAAGUGUUUUGAAAACAAUCUUCUUUGGAAAAAUUGUUAGGUGUAGCGAAAAAUUGUCCAAAAAAUUUGUGUGUGAUAAAAUGUAAAAAUUACGUUUUUAUUUUAGCAUUAUUUUAAACCAAGAGUUGUAGAAACAUCAAAUUGACUUGGCAAGAAAACAAGAUCAGAAGAAAAAAAAACUAAACAGAUAGAUUUAUUUUGAAGUAUCCCGAUGUAACAAGGCGUAACCAACCAAGCUCGGCGAAGUGUGCGAAAACAUGCAAUAACUUGUACUGUCAUAGGUCGAAGAUAAUGAAAUAAAUAUAAAAGUCGUACGUUGUA